CGGGCCGGGCCCCGCCGGGACUCGCUCUGAGCUGGGCCGGCACCGGGGCCGCGACCGGGACCGCCCCCGCUCGGGCUCGGCGACCAGGAGGCGGAGGCCGGGGAGAGCAGGAUGACGGUGCUGCAGGAACCCGUCCAGGCUGCUAUAUGGCAAGCACUUAACCACUACGCGUACCGCGAUGCCGUGUUCCUGGCAGAGAGGUUGUAUGCAGAAGUACACUCAGAAGAAGCACUGUUUUUACUGGCCACGUGUUACUACCGCUCAGGAAAGGCCUAUAAAGCUUACAGGCUCCUAAAGGGACACAGCUGUACCACCCCCCAGUGCAAAUACCUGCUUGCAAAAUGUUGUGUGGACCUCAGCAAGCUUGCAGAAGGAGAGCAGAUCUUGUCUGGUGGAGUGUUGAAUAAACAGAAAAGCCAUGAUGACAUUGUUAUGGAGUUUGGUGACUCUGCAUGCUUUACACUCUCCUUACUGGGACAUGUCUACUGCAAGACAGACCGGCUUGCCAAAGGAUCAGAAUGUUACCAAAAGAGCCUUAGUUUAAAUCCUUUCCUCUGGUCCCCUUUUGAAUCACUAUGUGAAAUAGGUGAAAAGCCAGACCCUGACCAAACAUUUAAAUUAACAUCUUUACAGAACUUCAGCAGCUGUCUGCCCAACACUUGCACAACGUUGGUGUCUAAUCACAACAUAUCCCACAGGCAGCCCGAGAGUGUCCUCAUGGAGACGCCGCAGGACACAAUUGAGUUGAACAGAAUCAACUUAGAAUCCUCCAAUUCAAAGUAUUCCUCCUUGAACUCGGAUUCUCCCGUGUCUUACAUUGACUCAGCUGUGAUUUCGUCAGAUUCUGUCCCUCUGGGCUCAGGAACUGCCAUAUUGUCUAAACAGGCUCAAAAUAAACCAAAAACUGGACGGAGUUUACUGGGGGGACCUGCAGCUUUGAGCCCACUAACUCCAAGCUUUGGAAUUUUGCCACUAGAAACCCCAAGCCCUGGAGAUGGAACCUAUUUACAGAACUACACCAACUCCUCCUCUGUAAUCGAUGUGCCAUCCACUGGAGCACCUUCAAAGAAGAAACUCUGUGUUGUGCAGACUGUCAGCAGGAUAAGCCAGGCUGGGACAAAAUCUGUCUUCUCCCAGAGUGGGAACAGUCGGGAAGUCACUCCAGUUCUCGUUGCACAAACACAGAGCUCUGGUCCACAGACAAGUACAACACCUCAGGUAUUGAGCCCCACAAUUGCUGCUCCACCAAACUCACUGCCUCGAAGAAGCUCUCGCCUGUUUACUAGUGAUAGUUCUACAACAAAGGAAAAUAGCAAAAAAUUAAAAAUGAAGUUUCCACCUAAGAUUCCAAACAGAAAAACAAAAAGUAAAACAAAUAAGGGAGGAAUAACUCAACCAAACUUAAAUGACAGUUUGGAAAUCACCAAACUGGACUCUUCCAUCAUUUCAGAAGGGAAAAUUUCCACUGUUGCACCACAAAUCCAAGCUUUUACGCUCCAGAAGGCAGCAGCAGAAGGUUUGAUGAGCCUUCUCCGGGACAUGGGGAAGGGUUAUUUGGCCUUGUGUUCCUACAACUGCAAGGAAGCGAUAAAUAUCCUGAGCCACCUGCCCUCCCACCACUACUACACAGGCUGGGUGCUGUGCCAAAUUGGGAGAGCCUACUUUGAGCUGGCAGAGUACAUGCAGGCUGAGAGAAUAUUUUCAGAAGUCAGGAGGAUUGAAAACUACAGAGUAGAAGGCAUGGAGAUCUAUUCAACCACGCUCUGGCAUCUGCAGAAAGAUGUUGCCCUUUCAGUUCUUUCCAAGGAUUUGACGGACAUGGAUAAAAACUCACCGGAGGCCUGGUGUGCUGCAGGAAACUGUUUCAGCCUCCAAAGGGAGCACGACAUUGCAAUCAAGUUCUUCCAGAGAGCCAUCCAGGUGGAUCCAAACUAUGCCUAUGCCUACACCCUGCUGGGACACGAGUUUGUGCUGACAGAGGAACUGGACAAAGCCCUGGCUUGUUUCAGAAAUGCAAUCAGAGUCAACCUCAGGCACUACAACGCGUGGUACGGGCUGGGAAUGAUUUAUUACAAACAGGAGAAAUUCAGUUUAGCAGAAAUGCAUUUCCAGAAAGCACUUGAUAUCAACCCUCAGAGCUCAGUCCUGCUGUGUCACAUCGGAGUAGUCCAACAUGCACUGAAAAAAUCUGAGAAGGCUUUGGACACGUUGAACAAAGCCAUAAGCAUCGACCCCAAGAACCCCCUAUGCAAAUUCCACAGAGCCUCGGUGUUGUUUGCAAAUGAGAAGUACAAGUCAGCUUUACAAGAACUUGAAGAAUUGAAGCAGAUUGUUCCCAAAGAGUCUCUUGUUUACUUUUUAAUAGGAAAGGUUUAUAAAAAACUGGGUCAAACCCAUUUGGCCCUAAUGAACUUCUCCUGGGCCAUGGACUUGGAUCCCAAAGGAGCCAACAACCAGAUCAAAGAGGCCAUUGAUAAACGUUACCUUCCUGAUGAUGAGGAGCCAAUAACUCGAGAGGAGCAAAUCAGUGAAUGUUACCCCUAUGAAUCAGUUGGCACGGACGAGUCCCAGGAGAGCAGCAUGACGGACGCGGACGACACUCAGCUCCACGCGGUGGAAAGCGAUGAAUUUUAACCUCCAAGAGCCACUGUCUGAGCUUGAGUGUGUGUGACUGGUACUGUCGUGUCCUCCCCUUCCUUCGCAUCCUGGGUCUUCACCUCUCUGAGCCAGCACUGUCGUCGACCUCCACUGACACCACGAGUGCACCUCAGCCCCGACCUGUCCCAGGGUCCGUGGCAGUGCAAUAUCCAGCUGCUGCUGAGUCUCACUAGUUGGCUCUUACACAUUUAUCCAAGUGACUGAGGAAGAAAUGCUGGUUUUGGACUCCCCUUUGCUGGAAAAAAAUAUCAUGGAAGACAGACUUGUGGUUUGCUGUAUGGAAGGCAGUAGAUGUGGGGAUAGUACUAAUGACGAGGUGUCUUGUUCUUUUUCCAGAAAUGUGUCUUAGUUUGGGUCUUUCUUGGUAAGCAGAGUGCUGAACCUCAUUUCCAAGUUCUCCAAGGACAGUGGUGACAAACAGGACUUUUGCAUAUUGUAGUGUUUAACUUAAAUGCCAGGGAGUGUCCAUGACCUUAAAGCUGCAGUGUCUCCAGUGAGCAAACACAGGACUGGGAGCGUGUCCCACCACGGAAAACACCCCGUGGCCCUGCUUAGAGUGCAAACUGCAGGAGAAUCACAUGGCAGGAUCAAAGCUUUCAUCAAAUGCUUUCAUGUUCUAACCAUGAAUUAAUUUAUUCACCCGGUUUGGGAAAGGUCAGUGUUUACUUUGUACUUGAGUCAGCACCACCUCGCUUCGUUUUUCGUACACCCCUUGACUUGUUCUUCCCCUCUUGAGAAUAAAAAUUAAUAAAGGGCAAAAUCAAGAGACAAAUGAGAUACAAGUGUAAUGUGACAACAUCAAACCCUUAAUCCUGAGAGACUGGGAAGACUGUGGAAGCCUUAAUACAAUCAGAACCCUGGUCCAACACCUCCAAUAACUGUCUCGGGUUAGUAUCUCAUUAGACCUGUGAUCACUUUUAAAACUCUUUUGUAAAGGGUGGUCCAAGCAGGAUGCAAAAAUGUGCAAUUAUCAGACUUUUUCCUUAUUUUUUUUUUAAGCUGUUCUUUCAGUUUCUCACUCCAGGAACACUUUCCUUUUCUCCAGGGGCUGUUUCUUUGAGGAGGAAGCUGCACCACGUUAGCAAGUCCAAACUGCUCUCUGUAGCCUCCUGCAGCAGCAAUUGGUGCCCUUUGUGCAGUGAUGACAAAGAAAGUGUAUGAUAUAAGCAGUUUUAAAGAGCAAUUUAUGCCUAAUAAAUUGGGAAUGAUACAAAUUUCAUAGCAAUGUAUUUGUUGUGAUCAGUCUUAAUUUUUUUUUUAAGAUCCAUUAGUUUUUAGGGGUCUCUUAGUUACCUUUACACUUCAAUUUCUUUUAAAUUAUCCUUGUACACAAGGGACAUCUUCUGUCCCAGCUCCUCUCUGCUCAGAAGCCACAUGGACACCUUUAUCCUUUGAAAAAUCAUUCCCAGGUUCAGAGCAAAAAAAUAGAAAUUCUCUGGUUCGUUGGUGUUUUUUGAGGUAGGAGGAUGAGCAGGGGAAAACAGGCUUCGACUCCCCUCCCAGUGUGAAAAGGAAUCUCCAAAGUCUGAGGAGCAAUAAGACACUGGAGGAGGUUUGUGCCUCUGCCACAUCCCUGUGCUGGGCUGGAGCUGGAAGGUCGAUGGAUUGACUGGAAAAUCAUUUGGGCUGGAUUGAGAGUUCCAGCUCUCACCCCCCUUCCUGUGGCUGCAGCUGUCGGGGGUGAUUCCCCUUCCUGCAGAGUCUUCCCCGAGGAAGGCUCCGGGCUCAGGGUUCCUGAGGGGCACCUGUGGCACAGCUCUGAGUUCCCCGUGUCUCUCCUGGGGUGGUUUUCCCACCCAGCUUCCCAGCACACCCCUGGCAUGGAGGAGUCCCAGCAGCACCUCACAGUAAGGUCUGGAGGCAGCACUUGUGGAAUGCCACUAAUUAAUGUGUUAAUUGGCUUCCUUUUGGUUCUCAGCAGGUUUUUCCAAAGCAGGAGGAAGCAGGUGCUAUUCCCUUGUCCAUAACCAAUGGUGGUGUUUAGGUGGGGACCAGAGAUCGGGAAUCUAAAUGGCUUUUUCCCUUCUGUUCCCUGAAAAAAUGAAGUGAAACUUCCAACCCUCUGGAAAAAGCUCUUAAUUCAGCUGGGAUCUGACGAGGAUAUUCACGUUACCUGCAAGAUUUAAUACAUAAAACCAUCCCUGGCUUUCCAUCUACAUCAUACCUGGAAGGGAUUUUCCUUUUUUCCCCAAGAAUCCCGAGUCACAUUUAGCCCUUGCUGCUAUUUUACCUUCUAAGGAGAAACACAAGAUUAUUAUUGAAUGACUAAACUUUGGCUCUUUGAGGAGGGACAGGGAGGAAGAGUCCGAGCAUGGAGGCACUGGCAGCCAGGUGAGAGCAAGUGUCCACUGAAAAGAAUUAGGGAACUGUCAUUUUCUUACAACAAAACUAUGGGAAAAAAAAUGCAAAGUGUGGGUGUGGUGUUACUAUUUGCAUUGAAACAAUGUAAUUUGUCCUUUUUUUUUUUUUUUUUUUUUUUUUUUUUUU